UGUCUGUCGGCCAAUGGACAGCAGCGGCGUGUCCAAGCUUUGCGCAUAUGACGCGCACCCCAUCCAGGUGCUCUUCGUAGAAGCAAUUUUAGAUGUGUUAGUGAGCACAAAAGGAUUUGAAAAGAACCGUCUGAUGUCAGAAGCGUUCAGCUUGCUUGUAGCUCGAUACAAAAGUCUGUUUGGAGACCAUGCGUCCAUGUCGAAGAGAUUAAUUACUGUCAUUUCUAACUACGUAGAUGACCCCGAGCGUCUGAAAAACAGAUGUCAGUCUUCAACUUUUAAUCGAGAUUAUCAGGGCUAUUUGCUAUUUUUGAUGAAAUUCUUACAAGACUCUGAGACAAGAACUAUGUUGAGGCAUGGAUGGAGCGACUUUGACCCUUCUUACAUUGAAUAUUUAAUUCAUGAUUACAUAAAAAGAGCGCUUCAGACAGAGCUCAAGAUUCGAACAGCGGAUCCCUCCCAAGCAUCAGUGGUGAUCGAAUUGCCGAAAUGGUUUUACUCAAGGCCUGGCACGUCCAACAAUUUCUUGGCGCUCAACAAACUUUAUCCGAAAGAGGAUUUGAAUUUUUCAUUGGAAACAAGAACGGGAGAGACUUCAAUGAGUCAAUUCGAGGUACAAGAAGGGGCGUUGGUUGAGGAGUUGUUGUAUGCAAUGAUAGGCAUUCGAGGACGCUAUGUUGUGAUUGAAGAAUGUACUGGGCAGAAAAGAGAUGAAAAGCCAUGCGGGGCAUUGAGGAAAUGCCGAGUUUCGAUUUCAGGAGAAGCAAGACGUUUACUGAAUGUAUCAUUGGUCGGCUUAUCGAAUAAGAUAUUACCGUUAUGCGAAUGUUACGUUGAAAUUAAUGCAUUUAUGGACGAAUAUUCAAAAAUGGAGUACGGCAGAGUGGCCCAGGCUCUUGUGGAUGCAUUGGGGACAUUACUGUCGGACUAUUUGAUAUUGGUAGGCCAGCUGGAUCAUUUUGCGAGAAAAAGGCGCCUUACGUUACAAAAGUUGUGGUAUUACAUCCAGAGUGCCCUGGAGAUACUAGGUUUAGUUAGGAAUUUGGUUUGGGAGAUAAGCGAAGAAAAAAAAAUAGGAGGGGACCUGUUGAAUUUGUUGUAUAAAAAAUGGCAGGAAAUGAUGGGUGAAAAUACACAAGAAUUGUUUUUAUUUUUGCUUAAGCGUACAAGUGAAGAAUAUUGGAAGAUACUGAAAUCUUGGAUUUACAAGGGCCGCAUCAAGGAUCCGUAUGGUGAAUUUUUGGUGCAGGAGGAAGAGGAGGAAGUGAGAGAAAAUGAGGCAGAUGCUGAAAUGGGCACUGGGAGAGAAGGGAUGAAUUGGAAAUGUUACAAGUUGAGAGACGGAAAAGUACCGAUAUUUUUAGAAAGUGUAUUGGAUCAGAUUCUGGCAGUUGGGAAAUAUAUCAAUGUGCUUCGAGCAUGCGGUUCUAGGGGAUUGGAGAAGUUAGACGAUGGGUACUUGCCGAAACUUGAAAAGGGAAUUGAAUUUGACACGGCGAAAAUUGACCGGACGUUUGUGCAUUUGGUAAGCGAUGCUUACAAGUGCGCCAGUGGAAAGCUGUUAAGAAUGCUAUUGGAUGAGUAUCACUUAGUAGAUAGACUGAAGGCAAUCAAAUGCUAUUUUUUGCUGGUACAGGGUGACUCGUGGAUUCAUUUUAUGCAGCUAGCAGAAGAAGAGUUGAAGCAGCCGGCUAGCCAAGUUUCAGUGGCAAAUAUGCAGGUGUUGUUGGACACGAUGGUGAGAGCAAACAUGAAUCGUGAGGAAGAGGCGACGGAAGGUAUCAAAGUGCAGUUUUUACCAUACAAUCUGGUCAAUCAGCUGAUUAUGAGACAUAGACAGGGGACGGUUUUUGACAGAAAACUAAAUGAAAUUUCGGCACUAGAAGCACUGGCCGUUCGAUGGGAGGUAGAUUGGCCGUUAGCGAUGGUGCUCAACGAAGAUGCGCUUGAGAUAUAUCAAAUUUUAUUUAGGCAGUUAUUUUAUUUGAUUUAUGUGGAGAGGUUAUUAGAUCGUUCGUGGAUGCUUCAACAGCUGACCAAGGGGAUGUUUUUCUCGGAGUAUGGCGGUAGCACGUUGAAUUCUCGAAAGUCGUCGGACCGCCGAAUAAGCUCAAAUGACGAGGAGAUGGAGACACAUUACAAGUUGUUGCUGCGAUGCUUUUCUCUGCGACAGAGAAUGUCUCGUCUAAUUCAGAGCGUUCACUAUUAUAUGAUAGUUGAGGUUAUUGAGUAUUUCUAUCAGAAGCUGGAGGAGGCUCUACUAAGAGUCCAGACCGUGGAAGAACUUUUGAAUGCCCACAUGCAGUUUUUAAACGAGUGCUAUAAAAAUUGCCUCUUGGAUGAUUUGAACUUGGUCAUGAUCACCACCAAACUACUGUCAAUUUGCGUCAUUUUUUGUAACUACACUGAACGGUUUAUUCCACAGCUGGUGCAGGAAGAGAAUGAGGAGCCUACAACAACAUUUGCUGGCGUUCCUACGAGUAACCGAAAGUGGAGCUCACGCGUCAAGGAAAACAGAAUGAAGGGCAAAAAUAUAUCUUACGAAGCGUCAAAAUUUCUGACAAAAAAGGGAUUUGAAACGACGAUUACACGAUUUGAAAAUAAUUUUGAUAAGUACCACAAAAUGCUUAUUGAAGCGACUUCUCUAUUCCAAAAUUUAGACUGCUCCGAUCGCAGCAUUCUGAGCUUGAACACUCAACUUGACUACAAUGAAUUUUACCUUAAUAGGUACCAGCAAAUUUGAACAAAGUUGGACGAGUAUACUAAAGACCUGAAGGCUCUUUGAAUUUUGUCAAAAUAGAAUGGUACAACCACCGAAAUUCGAAACGACUCGAACCGUAUCUUGAUGAAUGAUAUAAUUCAACAUCCCCCGAGAAGGCAUGAAUGUCAGUUUCAACGAAAUGCUCAAUCCGAACGCAAGGCUCAAGUUAACCUGUUUAAAAGCCCCUCUAGGAUGGUUUUUUAUUUUCUUUUUUGAUGCCCAGAUUGUAAACCAAGGAAUAAACCACUUCUUCGGUGUUGUGAUCCGA